AUGCGUACAGAGGUCGACAAACUUCAAACCAUCGGCUUCAUUCGGGAGGCAACGUAUCCGGUAUGGCUAGCAAAUUCCAUGAUGGUGAGAAAGGCCACAGGCGGGUGGCGAAUGUGCCAAGACUGUACCGAUCUCAACAAGGCCUGCCCGAAGGACAGCUUUCUGUUGCCACGGAUAGACCAGCUUGUGGACGCCACUGCCGACCACGAACUGCUCAGCUUCAUGGACGCCUAUUCCGGCUACAAUCAGAUAUUCAUGCACCCUCCCGAUAGCGAACACAUCGCAUUCAUAACAGACAAAGGGUUGUACUGUUACAAUGUCAUGACAUUCGAGAAAGCUGAGUUACCGAUUUUCUAUGUCAGUAAGGCACUCCAGAAUGCAGAACUUCGAUAUGCCCCAUUAGAACAGCUUGCCCUAGCCCUUGUGGUCUCAGCCCGAAGACUCCGGCCAUACUUUCAAGCGCACGGAAUCAAAGUCUUGACUAACCAAACGCUCCAGCAAGUGCUCGAAAAAUCAGAAAUUUCUAGCCGAUUGAUCAAGUGGGUGAUCGAACUCGGAGAAUUCGACAUACAGUUCAUUCUGAGCCCUGUCGAAAAGGGUCAGGCUAUUGCCAAUUUCAUCUCCGAACUUACCCCAUCAACCGCACAGCCGACGCCCGAGCCUGUAACCGAGAUCGAAUUGCCGGAGGAGUUAGACGCCGAGCGCUUUGACACCUCAACUCCUGUGUGGAUUCUGCACGUCAGUGGUUCGGCAAACCAAUAA